UGAGUAAGCAUGGUUUGUAAAUACAAGUGUUCACAAAAAUAUUAAUGAUCGUGUCGUUUUUCAGGAAUUGCAAUGGACCAAAUUGUUGCCCAAAGCCUGGAUUCGAAACAUGUAGCUGUAAUGCUAAUCAAUCAUACCCAUUGCUUAUCAGUCGUAAUCAAUUCCUGCCUUUUCAACUUUCUCUUUUUUGGAAAAAGCGGAAGCAUUAUCGGCCAACUGAAAAGAGUAUGUUAUAAGUACAAUGAAAUCUGGGAAAAGAACUAUGAAGAAGAAGAAGAAGCACAAGCAGGGGCAGGAGCACGAGAAACACCCUGCUGGGAGCCUUCCUGAGGGCCCCCUUAUCGAGAUUCUGUCCCGGGUGCCUUACAAGUCACUCUGCCGCUUCAAGUGCGUGUCCAAGCCGUGGCUUGCCCUCUGCUCCGACCCCGACAUCCGCAAGAGGUCACCCCAGACCAUGGCAGGUUUCUUCCUCCGCAACUAUGGCAUGCGCCCCUGUUUCAUUAACUUGUCCGGAAGAGGCCAACCCCUGGUCGACCCUUUUCUCUCUUUCUUGCGCGAGAGCUUUAAACUUCUCAUCCCCCAGCAUUGCUGCGGUGGCCUUGUUCUCUGCAAAUACUGGGAAUCAUAUUGUUUUGAGGAAGAUGAGUACAAUCUUGUCGUGUGCAAUCCUGCGACCAAGAAGUGGGCCGAGCUGCCUCCUAAUCCUAUACAAUUGCAAGAUGAAGACGAAGAAGAAGUCGAAGAAUAUUUGUGUUUCGAUCCAGCCGUCCCCUCCCGUUUCAUGGUAUUCACACACACUUGGGAUUUCACAGAAGUGAUAAUCUACUCAUCAGACACUGGACGAUGGACUACGGUGGAGAGUGGUUGGAUUGAUAAGACUCCUAUUGGUCUUCCUGUGUUCCUGAAUGGUACUUUGCAUUUGAUGACCACUGAAUAUUCAAUAAUCACAGUAGACACAGAGGGGAAGGUUUGGGGGCAAAUUGAUAUUCCAGGCAACAUGCGAGACAGCUCUGAUUAUCCGUUCAUUGGACAGUCUCAGGGACGAUUGUAUGCUUGGUGUAUAAAUGAUAAUGUUGAUGUUUGCCAACUUUUAGUUUGGGCUCUUGAGGAUUAUGGUGGUGCAAAGUGGGCCUUGAAGGAUACUGUUAACAUUUCAGAACUGUUUGGAAGGGAUCGUUACAAAUAUGUGGAGCCCUUAGCAAUUCAUCCAGAUUGUGAUUUGAUUUUCCUUACCGACCGGAGGGGGAAGGCUAUCUCAUAUGAUAUGGACAGCAAGAAAGUGCAUGUUAUCGGCACUCACGAAACAUUCUAUGGUGCUAUACCUUAUGUUCCAUGUUUUGCGGAAUGGCCGUCAGAUGGUCACUGACCUUGGUGGAACUAUAUAUUGUCUUCAUAGAAUUCAGCCAUGGAGAAUAUGCAACACCUAGCAACAGCUUUCAGUGGCUAAUGCUUAGUUGUAUGAAUGAGUCUAGGUAUUUGAUAUAUCGGCUGCCUCUAGUGCUAAUCAUUAUGGUCACCUGUUAGCUCUUGGUAUGGGGUAACUGUGAGGGUAUAUUAUCUAUUUUUGAAAUUGGUUGGAUUUUCACCUCUUUAUUUUCCGUUUAAGAUUGGAGAUGCUUAUCUCUUGUUGCAACUUGCAAGUACAUUUAUCUUUUAUGGACAAC